AUGUCAGAGACUCUGAUAUCUGGACAUACAUCAGAGGACCUGUUGACCGACUUUGAGACUUUGCUGAACGCUGGGACUAUAGAGCUGGCACAGGACCAUCAGAUUGUGAUCAUCACCAGCCCAGGUCAUGAGGGGCUACACCCUGCUGCUGCUCCAACCAGCACGGGAGAAAUCCUGCUUUUUGCAACACCUCAAGGACCUUCAAAUGUUGUUAUGCAAGACAAGAGACGUCCAACUCUGGGCAGACCACCGGUGAAAAGAAAGUUGGACCUGGACAGUGAUCAUCAGUAUGUGAGCACCACCAGGCCCUCCACGGCUCCCCCAUCCACUCCUGCCCCUCCCCGAGGUUUGUAUUAG